GCGAUCACGUGGGAAGAGGAAAUCCAGGAGUAGACGGCGAAGCCGCAGUCGCAAAGACCGCAGCCGGAGCCGGGAUCGUAGAGACCGGAAUCGUCGGGAUCGGCGUGAGCACUCGCGCGACCGACGCAGACCAUCACGUUCUCGAUCUCGAGACAGAGAUCGAAAACGUCAAGAGAAGGAUAAGAGCGACGGAAGCCCAGCAAAGAAGGUGCAGGAAGGUAAAAGUCACAAGGAUCGGAGCGACUGCUUGGUUCGAGGUGACGGAGCUGUUCAGUCCUCGUCCGCUUCCCCCAUGUGCCAGCUCCAGCAAGACAUCCAGCGGCAACUUCUAGAGGAGCAGGAAAGACAAGAGAAGCAGCGGCAGCAUGAGCUCCAACUUCAGAGGGAACUAGAAGAAGAGCACAAGGAACUUGAGCUUCUUUGCGAGCAGUCACAGCAUGCGCCCCAGGACGUCUCCAUAGGCACAAACCAGUCGGUUUUUGAAGGGGGAUCGGGGAUGGCUCGAGACCCGGCUGUUGCCGAGACAGAUCGAGAAGAGAAUAAUCUGAAGCUUGCAGAUGGCGGGCGAGCACAAGGAAUUCAAGAGCAGGACUUGCCCGAGGGCAAGACAGGCGAGAUCGACGGAAGCGUUGCCGAGGAACAAGCAACGAUCCAGACCAAAGGAGAUUUCGGGCACGACCGGAUGAGGACAGGUCAUGUGAAGCCAGAAGACCAGCAGCAGUCAGAGGACAUUGAAACAGCAGAAGCGAAAGAGACGGCCAAACCUAACGCAAAGAACAAGGACAAGACAUCGGACAUGGAUAAGAAAAAGGGCAAGGACGUUCACCCAGAAGGUGUCACAGAAAAGGGCAAGCAGAAUGAGAAGGAGAAGAAGAAGAAGGAGGAUAAGCAAGAGACGGGGCGCAAGGAGGCGAAGAAAGUGGAGACGAAAGUCAUAGAGAAGAAGAAGAAGGAAGAGGACAAGCAAGAGAGGGGGCGCAACGAGGCGAAGAAACUGGAGACGAAAGGCAAGGAGAACACGCGUAAGGAGGAGGCGAAGGACAAGCAGAAAAGAAAGGAUGAGACAAAGGACAAGGAAAAUGUGAAUGAGGAGACGAAGGAGAAGGACAAGAAAAAGGAUGCGACGAAAGAGAAAAAGAAGAAGGAAGAGAUAAAAGAUAAGAAGCAGGAGACAUCGGACAAGAAGGAAUCAAAGCAAGCCAAGGAGAAGACAGACAAACAGCGCGAUAAAGAGAAGAAGAAACAGGAUGAUAAGACCCCCAAGGAUAAGGACCAGCAGAGUGAGCAUGCCAAGGACACAAGCGCCAAGAAGCGAAAGAAGGAUGCGAGUGGAUGGCUUUGUCGAGCAGCACAGAAACGCAAACUCUUCCGAGGAUGGCAGUCGAAAAACGUGAGAGCCUCUGCCUCGUCUCGAUGCAAUACACUCUAUGAAAGCUCCUCGUUCAAAGUGUCAAAGGGCGCAGUAUGGCUCAGUCGGAUGCAGUUGUGCCGCUUCUUUGCAGCUGAGUGGCUUCACUGGGACGGCAGUCCACAAACCAUUGCAGCAGUCUUGACCACUCCCGCCCUGCCAAGCAAACCCAUUGCCUGUAUCCGUGCUUGCCUGAGCGAGAAGCAGUUUCUUAGCACCGACAUUUGCCCGGCCGUGAUGCGCCUUACUGUCCUGCAGAUGGGCGCUUCCCCGGGCCAUGCGGUCCGGAGAUCUCGCUUGGGCAAGUGUUGGCCUGUAAUUGCCUUUGUGCUUGUGCAGAUUCACGUGCAGCGGCACGUCAAUGGCUUCGCUGGCUGGUCGCGAGCGCUCCAAGGACUCGGAAGUGGUGUGGCUGGCUCAAGGCAUUGUGUGGUCAGAAGUGACAGUGACGGCGAGUCCAUGGAUACCUACGGCGCCUACCCUGCCCAGGCAGCCCCGGGAAUUUACAUAGCUAAGACAGCGAUUCGUUUGCGUGCAGAAGCAGAUGCGGAUUCAGAGCUGACAGGCGACAUGAUCAAGGUCGGGGAAGUCUUCGAAGCUACAGAAGCUGUACCCCCGUCAGACUCCACCGGGCUUGGAUAUCUUCGGGUUGGAGACAGGGGCUGGGUCUUUGACAUGGGCAUCGCUGGACCAUGGAUUGGUGUGCCUGUGGUGGCGGCAGUCACUGGACCGAAUGCGAUGAAGUACGCGCAGAUCUUGCGCAACCCUGCGCAGUACGCCGAGUAUCAGGCAGCCCUUGGCGACGAGAUUUUCCUCGACGAGGAUCAACCGGAAGGACCAUCAAACGAAAGGAACGAUGCUCUGUGGCAGGACUUGCAGCAGGAUAUCGAAGACACCGGGCUGCUGACUGAAGACGAGCAGCAGUCGUUCGAGAGUCUGUGUCAGGAUGAAGAGGAACGGAAUCUGGUCCUCUCCUCUUUGCGAGCUGCCGCAGGAGAAGCUUUUCGCAAGCUGGUGGUGCCAAGAUGGAUGAAGCUGGCUCAGCUUCUACCGCCGGAGAUGAAGCGAGAAAUGGAAGCAACAAGGCAGUUGUACGGUGCGCUGCCAGGCUGCUCGAACUACAAACUCCGUCCAAAUGAUACAGGUCGAAGGAGACAGUAUCAGGCGAACGUGGAGUCACCUGGCCACACAAGCUGCAGUGUUGGCUCAAGAUUUGGCAAGGAGCCUCUUUCAGGGGUGCGAGGAAGAGUCGGAUCCGUGCAGGCUCAUCUGACCAAUGAUGUGGUCCAAGCAGAAGUCGGGCCUGGAUCGUACGAGCUGCCAAGCGUUUGGGAUGAUCACGCCACGACCAUUGGUGGACAAGACAGAUUUCAGGAGCAGAUUGGACAGGAAACGCCUGGGCCAGCAACUUACGCACAGGACUUGGUGGCGCCGCCACCUAUGUCGACAUCGGCGACUACGGCAUCCUUGGUUGAGGCUUCGCCCGCGCCGGGCGAGAUUGGAGAGAGCGCCGGGCAGCCCACGCCUUCGACGACGCGCCGGCAGCAGUGGAUGAAGACGUCGGGCCGCCGGUCAUGGGCGUGCCUCUUUCGAGCGACGAGGAUCGAGCUGGUCGCUGAGGUUCCGACGCCAGGCUUCGCCUUCGACAUCGCCAGCGUCUCCGUUCAGACCGACGCGGCGGUGUCCUUCUCGUCCUUCAUCGGCGACAACACGCAGGAGGCUCUCGCGGCCGCCAUCAGGGCGUUGUCGCCAAGAGAUCGCGCUCGCCUCGACGGGGCGUAUCGGCUGGCGGUGGACGACCCGGCGCCGGUUGGGGCGAGGGUUUUUCGGGAGGAACAGCAGGUCGCCUUCUUGCCCGACGAUGAUGGCGAGCCCACCGCCCUUGAGGAGUUUUUCCAGGAGAAGGAGGCGUCCGUGAACGCCCCUCCCGCCCCGACGGCCUUGCCGUUUUCUUCGGCGAGUUCGUCAUCGACGGGGCUCCCAAGAAGGCGCCGUUCAAAAAGGCGCCGCCGGCCUUGCCGCAGCAGGUGCCUACGACGGGGCACACCUUUAAAGGGCCCCCCGUGGUGUACCCGGACCGGGCGAUUGCCUUUUUUUGGGGGGACGCCCACGCCAAGCCUCCCGUCAAGAAGGCGCUGGCAGUCCGAAAGGCGCCCUAUCGCUUCGACGACAUGGGGCGAGUCAUCGAACAGCCGCCCCCGCCAGUGGAGAAGGCUCAGCCGGCCAAGGCGGACCCGACGCCGGCCCCCCAGUCAGCAGCAGACGCGCUUGGAGCGAAUUCGUCUGGGAAAGCGGCUGCUUCGUCGGUCGGGCGAUGCUCCGCGUGGGCCGGGCCCGUCCCGGGAGCACCUCCGCCGCCAGGCCUUCAUCCGUCGGGAACAGGCAGCAGUCCCGCGACUCCGGCGCCUACUCCCGGACUUCGUCGGCAGCGGCGUCCCGCAUUCCUCGCCGGGGCCUUUGCCGACAGCGGCGUCUACGGCGGCUUCGUCCUCAGUGCUUCCGCCUCCCACCCCGACGUGGUCGGGCGGUUUGGGUACGGCUCCCGCAACAGGAGCCAACGCUCGGCUGGGCGUAGAUCGUCCAAUGCUUGGGACGACGACCGGUUCCCUCUUCACGACCCGGCCGCGCGGAGGUGCCGCACACCAACUCCUGACCGGAAGCAGAGCGCCUGGAGAGCGACAUCGCCUGUGGAGCGGUUCCCGACCCGCAGUGCGUGUCCACCGAAAUAACUUCAGAGCCCUCUCACACGACGUCAGGGGCCGGCGUCUCCCGGCCGAGCCGCCUGGGACAUCAGGACCUACUAUUUCGGCUGGUGCUUUGUGCGCUGCCCGGGCUCCUUUCGCCGGGACGGGCAACCCUGCCCACAUGGAGAUCGGUGCCUUCGAGCUGUGA